AUGAUGGCACACCCGGUGCCUCAUCACACGACGGACAAGAAGCGCGUCAAGGUCUACGAACUCCGUAACAAUGACUGGUUUGAUCGCGGCACCGGCUUCUGCACCGCCCAGUUCGUCCCCGUCCAGGAGAACCAGCCAAAGGAGCCCCGCGUUAUCGUCGAAUCCGAAGACCACCCCGACCGCCUUCUACUCGAGACCAAGAUCGUCAAAGAUGAUGGCUUCCAGAAACAACAAGGCGCAUACCCUAAUUGUAUGGACCGAGAACAAUGUGGAUAUGGCCUUGAGCUUCCAGGAAGCCGAGGGAAAUUUAUUGACGGCGUUCAACAAACCUUUCACAAUGUCCUGGGCGGCGCCGACGACAGUCUCUCCGAGGAUCUUACUAUGGAUAUGUCAACCUCGACUUUCACGCUGCCCCCGGCUGAUUUGGCGAACCUACCCGACCUCGAGAAUGUUAUGCGCCAGAUGUCCAAUACGGCUAAUGGGCGCGAGAUGCUGGUCAAGUCCAUCAUGGAGGCCGACAUCUUGCCAUCAUUGGGCAACCUAGUCGAUAUGGCGGAAGAUCUUGAGAGCCUCGACGACCUAUUCCGUCUUUGCAACAUGACCAAGACGAUGCUCCUCCUGAACGACACUGCAAUCAUUGAAAAGGCUGUCUCUGAUGAAUGUGUCCUCGGUGUGGUGGGUGCCCUCGAAUACGAUCCCGACUUCCCGAAGCACAAAGCGAAUCACCGGCAGUGGUUGAGCAACCAGACCCGUUUCAAGGAGGUGGUUAAGAUUGAGGACGAUACAAUUCGGCGCAAGAUUCAACAGACCUUCCGCUUGCUGUAUCUCAAGGAUGUGGUUCUGGCCCGAAUUCUAGAUGACCCGACCUUCUCCGUCCUCAACUCCCUUAUCUUCUUCAACCAGGUGGAUAUCAUCAACCAUAUCCAAACUAACGGCGGGUUCCUGAACGACCUCUUCUCCAUAUUCGCGGACCCCUCUGCGCAACAUCUGCGCAAAAAGCAGGCCGUUACUUUCCUCCACGAUUGCUGUGCCAUCGCCAAGAACCUUCAACCGCCAGCAAGACAAAAUCUGUAUACCAACUUCCUUGGUCAUGGUCUUAUUCGUGUCAUUAAUUUCGGCUUGUGUGACCACGACGUCACUGUAAGAGUACAUGCUACUGACAUCCUCGUCGCCAUGAUUGAUCACGAUCCCCAGAUGGUCCGACAUACGAUUUACCGACAGCUGCAAGAACGUCAGAAGCCACUCACCGAUGUAAUCAUCGACCUUUUGUUGGUUGAGGUUGAUCUCGGCGUCAAGUCGCAAAUGCAGGAUGCCCUUCGAAUUCUGCUUGAUGUGGCGCCGAUCAUGCCGCCAGAUGCAAGAGAGUACCCUCCCAACCAGCAGGGGCAGCGAGUGAGACAGCUUCACAGCACCGACCCGCAGCAAGAACUUCUGAUACAGCACUUCUAUGAGACCUCAGCCGCCAGGCUUUUUAAGCCACUGCUCGAACUCGAAGGGCAGACAGAGUUAAAGUUUCAACCCAUGCAGGAAUACAUUUUCGGCUAUCUGAACGAUAUUCUUUGCUCCUUCAUCCGACAACAUCAGCAUAGGGCCAAGUACUUCCUCAUCACCCACAACCUGGCACAGCGCUUCGUUCAGUUGCUUUCAUGCAAGCAAAAGCAUCUGCAGCUCGUGGCCAUACGAUUUAUCAAGCAACUUGUAUUGAUGAACGACGAAUUUUACAUGAAGCAUAUUGCCGAGAAGCAAAUCCUCGGCCCUAUCCUCGACGUGCUUUUACGAGCAAUCACCCGCGACAACCUGCUUUGUUCGGCUUGCCUCGAUCUUUUCGUCCUCAUUAAUAAGGAGAAUGUCAAGGACCUGAUCAAGCACCUCGUGGAAAACUACCGUGAAAAGAUCAUGGCGCUGUCGCACAUGGAUACUUUCCGCGAAAUGGUCAGCAGGUACGACCAGACAGAAGGCUACACGACCAACCCGGAGUACUUCAUGGAUGAAGACGAAGACGAGGGACCAACUGCGGCCGAGAGCGAGAGGAGACCGGCGAGGCCGACUGCCGGUCUGAUGGAGGAACAACUCACCGUCGACCAGGCUCAAGAGGAAUACUGGAACAGUGUAUCGGACGAAGAGGACGAAGGGCCGCAGAACGGCCCUCAUCGUACCAACGGCACCGCCACUACUCUUCCUUUGCUGAAGCCCUUGGUCGAAUACGGCUCGGACGAGGAAGACGGCGUGGCGGGUGAUGAGGCAGCUGCCCAAGAGAAGAAGGACGAUGAAGACAGCGGCGCAAAGGAAAACGGCGAAUCACCAGUAACACCAACAAAAGGUGGACCGGCCGCCGCUGCAGCUGCCGCCGUUGUCGCGACGCCGCCGGAGAGGAUAUCUGAGAAGCGGCGCCGUGAAGCAGACGAGGACGACGAUGUGUUCGACAAGCUGCUACACUCCAAGCGCCGAGGGAGCAAUGCCAGUGCCGCGAGCGCCGGUGCAGACAUUCGCAAGAAGAUGGGAAUCUCUGGGGAUGAUGGUUCUGUUGCUGCCGUCGGUUCCGCUGAUGUUGCCGCGGAGGAAAACGGCACCUCGGAAACUCCAGCUCCCGACGCCGCCGCCGCCGCCGCCGCCGCCGCCGCUCCUGCUGCUACUACUUCAAGUCUAAGCACACCAAAGAAGAUUGCCUUCAACAUCUCUUCCAAAGUAAAGAGCAUGCUUGGUGGUGGGAAACCUUCAGAGCCAGAACCUGAGUCGACGGCCAGCGCAGAUGAGAAGGCGAAAGAAACAACAACAACAACAGGUGCUACUACUGCACUAGGAAAAGAAAAUGUAAGGAUAACAGAGGAAGGGGAUGACAAUAAGACUUCAAAGUCAGUAGUAGAAGAAGAAGAAGAAGAUCCAGACGCAAUGAAAGACUAG